AGGAAAGCCACUGCAGUUUCUUUGAGUUUAAUUAAUCCAGCUCUUAGAGUCACUCACCAUUCUCAUAUGGAGGUCUGGUUCAUCUUGUUCACCUCUCUCUGUAUCUGUGCAACCCUGAAAUUUCUCCUGGAUCACUGCUCACUCAGCUCAGAUAAGCAUAAAAAACUCCCACCAGGCCCCUUUGCGUUGCCUAUCAUAUGCAACAUCUUAUGGAAUCGGAAAUCUCUUUCAGAAAUCGAAUGCAUUCUUCGCGACAUGCACACCAAGUACGGCUCCAUCAUCAGGUUCAACUUCGGUUUUCACCAAGCCAUCUCCAUCACCACCCAUGAACUUGCCCAUAAAGCCCUCAUCCAGCAUGGCGCCAUCUUUGCUGAUCGUCCUUCAGCUCUAGACCCCAACAGUUUCAUCACCACCAACCGAUACAGCAUUAGCUCCGCCUCAUGCGGCCUACUCUGGCGCCUCUUCCGUCGGAAUCUCACCUCUGGGAUUCUUCAUGCUUCACGAGUUAAGUCAUACGGACACACCCGUAAACGGGUCUUGCAGAUACUGAUCAACAGGCUCAAGGAGCAAGACAAAUCCAAUGAAAGCAUUUGUGUAGUAGAUUACUUCCAGUACGCAAUGUUUUGCUUUUUGGUACAUAUGUGUUUUGGAGAGAAACUCAAUGAGGAGAUUAUCAGAGACAUCGAAACCAUUCAGAGGAAGCUUUUGACCAGUUUUGGCCAAUUCAACAUGCUUGCUUUGGUGCCCAUAUUAGGAAAGAUCAUAUUUCGAAAGAAAAGGAACAAGCUCUAUGAGCUACGACGUAAUCAGUUAAGUGUUCUCAUUCCUCUAAUUCGAGCACGAAAAGAACACGAGAAGAAGACGCAAUGCCAGGUAGGAGAGGGUGACAUGGUCGUCUGCUACGUCGAUACGUUGCUCAAUCUUCGACUCCCCAAUGGAGGAAGGAAGCUCACCGAGGAGGAGAUAGUGCCUCUGUGCUCAGAGUUUCUCAACGCAGGCACCGACACAACGUCCACCGCAAUGCAGUGGAUCAUGGCAAACCUGGUGAAGUAUCCAUGCAUCCAAGCAAAGCUGCUCUCAGAGAUCGAAGGGGUGGUAGGGCCCGGAGAAGAAAUCAAAGAGGACGAUCUGAAGAACAUGCCAUAUCUCAGGGCAGUGGUGUUGGAGGGUCUGAGAAGACACCCACCGUCGCACUUCUUGAUCCCACACACAGUCACAGAGGAUAUCACCAUAGAUGGGCGUCUUGUACCAAAGAAUGCGAUAGUGAGUUUCACGAUAACAGAUAUGGGGUGGGACCCAAAAGUUUGGGAGGACCCCAUGGAGUUCAAGCCGGAGAGGUUCUUGACAGGUGAUGAUGGAUUAGAACAGAAAGUGUUUGAUAUAACCGGAAGUAGAGAGAUUAAGAUGAUGCCAUUUGGGGCAGGGAGGAGGAUCUGCCCUGGUCUUUCUGUGGCUUUGCUUCAUCUGGAGUACUUUGUGGCCAAUUUGGUUAAAGAGUUUGAGUGGACAACCAAGGACGGAGAUGAGGUAGACUUGACAGAGAAACAGGUGUUCACUGUCGUGAUGAAGAAUCCUCUGAGGGUUCACUUAUCGCCUAGGAAUAUAGGUUAAACAUGUUAUGGUAUGCUGGGUUUCUUUUUAUGAAAUAAUAUAUACAAGUCUCUCAGAAGCCAAGUUUGUUCCUAGAUCUUAGGUAAGUUGUCUCUAGGAGUAGAAGUUGGGUUGAGGCUUGUUUGUGGGUUGCUUGAGAUUUUUUUGGGAGGUUUGUCUUCUUUUGGGCCAGGGCAGUUGUUGUUUUACUUGGAGAGUUUUAAUUGUUGUUUAGAUUAUGUUCAG